UUCACUCGGGCGCCGCAGCAGCUCCUCAAAGAAACCCUAACCCUAACCCCCAAAUCCCUCUAUCCGCGACGCCCUGCUCCCCUCCUAUAAUGGCGAAAAAGAGAAAGCUCAGCUCCACCGAGCCCUCCGAACCCUCCAAAAAGCAACAACAGGUCGUUGAGGAACCCAAACCCCAAAUUGAACCAGCACAGGAAGUAGUCGAAGAGGAAGAUGAAGAAGUCGAAGAAGAGGAGGAGGAGGAAGAGCCGGAAGAAGAUAAGGAAGAUGAAGGAGCCGACGAAGAGGAAGAGGAAGAAGAGGAGGACGAAGAGGAGCCGGGCGCUGAGUAUAAGGAAACCUAUAACGUAACCACGACCUCCAUCUCAGCGGCUUCGGAUCAGGCCGGUGCCGGUCACGACGACGACGAGCCGAUCCAGAAUCUUCUAGAACCAUUCACCAAGGAACAGCUUAUCGCCCUGCUCCGCGAAGCUGCCGAUAAUCACGGCGACGUGGCGGAUCGGAUCCGGAAGGUUGCGGAUGAGGACCCAAUCCACCGCAAGAUCUUCGUCCACGGUCUCGGAUGGGACACCAACGCCGAAACCCUAACUGGCGUUUUUAGGGAAUACGGUGAGAUUGAGGAUUGCAAGGCUGUUUGCGAUAAGGUCUCUGGUAAGUCCAAGGGUUACGGUUUCAUUCUCUUUAAGACGCGUUCUGGGGCCCGAAAAGCCCUACAGCAGCCCCAGAAGAAGAUCGGUAAUCGGACAACUGCAUGCCAGCUGGCGGCAAUUGGCCCUGGCCCGGCCCCUAAUGCCGCUGCUGGACCUAUGGCGGCCCAGGCGGCUCAGUCCCAGCCGAUGUCGGAGUACACGCAGAGGAAGAUCUAUGUGAGCAAUGUUGGGGCGGACUUGGAUAUCCAGAAGCUGCUUAUGUUCUUUUCUAGGUUUGGAGAAGUUGAGGACGGGCCACUAGGGCUCGAUAAGCUGACGGGGAGGCCUAAAGGGUUUUGCUUGUUUGUGUACAAGUCGGCAGAGAGUGCGAAGAGGGCUCUGGAAGAGCCACACAAGAAUUUUGAGGGCCAUAUUUUGCAUUGCCAGAAGGCUAUUGACGGUCCAAAGCCGGGCAAGUCUCAGCACCAGCACCAGAACCAGCACCACCACAAGUCACAUAAUUCCAAGUUUCAGAGGAAUGAGAAUCCAGGUUAUGCAGGUGGAGCUGCAUCAGGAAUGGGGCAUUUGAUGGCGCCUGCGAGUGGAGGGAUUGGAUUUAAUCAGGGGGCUCCUGCAGCCCAGGCGUUUAACCCGGCAAUUGGGCAGGCACUGACUGCUUUGCUUGCAACCCAGGGAGCUGGCUUGGGGUUGACAAAUCUUUUGGGGACGUUUGGAUCUGCUCCAAAUGUGAACCCAGGUGUUCCUGGUGCAGGACAUGUGAUACAGGGUGGAUAUGGGAAUCAGGCAAGUAUUAGUCCUGGGAUGAUGGGAAGCUAUGGAAAUCAAGGUGCAAUGCAAGGUGGCUACCCUAACCCGCAGUUAGGGCAAGGUGGUUCAGGAAGAGGGCAGCAUGGCGUUGGGCAAUCUGGUGGCGCUCCGUACAUGGGGCAUUAGUUGCCCUUGAGUCCUUUGGCAGGUAUACGUGAUGCAGGUUCUGCGGCAAUAAGUACUACUACGAUUACUACUAGCUACGUAUACAAUCUUUACAAUAGAAGUGUCUUGAUUUACAAAACUUGUCAGACGUCGAUUGAUUUUUUUUUGAUUGAGAAUUUCUGUUUUUUUUGAAAUUUUGAUGUCCCCGUUUCUGAAGAAUAGUUAAAACUAUAAGAAGUAUGCGUUUGUGAUAUACCAUCUUUACAAUAGAAGUGUCUUGAUUUUAAAAAAAAAAAAAAAAAAAAAAAAAAAAGAAAUUGUCAGAUGUCGAUGGAUUUUUUUGAUUGAGAAAUUUUCAUGAAAUUUUGAUAUCCCAGUUUCUGAAGAAUGGUUAAAUUAAGAAGUAUGCGUUUGUGACCGAGUCACCUUGAGAGUUACUGACUGAAAUUGUAAUACUUGAAUAGCAGUUUUUUGACAUGAGACUCUGACUUGUUAAUGGUUUUUCAGUGAAUUGAAAAUUAGUUUUUGACCAAUGUGUUAUAAAACUGGAACCAUUUUCUAACGGUAGACUAAUUUAAGUAUUGUUUAAUCCUUUAAGAGUUUUGAAUUAGGAUUUGUGAUCUGUUUCAAGUGAAUGUUUCUAGUAUAUUUGUUGGUCGUGUCACCAUGGGUAUAGAGCUUGGAGCUGGUCAUGUGGAUUUAUCUUCAUCGAUUGAAACCAUUAACAUCAUCGUAAUACCCAUGAGCGAAACAAAGUUCCGUGGACCUCAGUAUUGGUGAUACCUCCUCAGGGACCAAUUGAUAGGCUUCAUGGGAGGAAGGUAAAAAAUCGCACGAGGUAAUUGAAGGCUUCAUACUAUAUUACUAUACUUUAGCCCCCAUUGAAGGCCUUUUUAAAGCUCUGCCGAGCCUAACGAGGGUUUGAUCCGUGGAUCGUCUGUAAUUGUGAAGAUGGUAACUCCCUUGACUGUCAAUGCGAAUUCUCUGAUUUGAGAUUUGUAAUCCCACGGGUCAAGUGUAAUUGUGAAGACGAUACCUCCUUCGACUGUUGAUGCCAAUUCUCUGAAUUGAGAUUUGUAAUUGUCUCUCCUUCGUUGCCAUGGAGAGUGGAGAACAAAUGAUAUGUGUUGGUCAAAUGACCGAAUCAGGCGGCACUGCCCAGUGCCCACAUGGGAAGUCCAACUGCCCCCCUUCCCUUCCUCCACCUCCUCCUCUCUAGAAAGCUCCCACCUUCCCUUGCUCACCCUCAAUUGUCUCCUCGGCUUGCCAUUUUGAGAGUCGGUGUGAUGCGCCCUCGGUGUUCAUCGCCGCUUCUCUGACCCCCCCUCUCUCCUCUUGCAUUGCCUUUUCAUACCCAAGCCUUCAUCUCCCCCACCCCUUCCCUCUUCCUUACUCAUAAUCCGUCCCUAGCCCAAUGUCUGCUCAGAUUUGUGAGCUUCGACUGAAAUGGAUGCCAUAUCCAUUUUCCUUCCUUAGUGACCCCUCCACCGAUUGGUAUGUUGGAAUUCUCUCAAGGGCGAGUUUUUUGUGGCUUCGGCUAAAGUAAAGGGAUUUUACAUACCCCUUUAGCUCACCCUCCAUUUGCUACUGUGUUUGAUUAUAUUUGCAGGAGGUGGUGAACAUGAUUUGGAUCCGAUGGCUAUCUAUUGGUUCAGCGUUUCCGAUAACAAAAUCUGGUUGUGGUGUGCUUUUGGUUGCGGGUUUGUAAUUUUUGUGUUGCAAUAUCUUGAUUGAACUCACCACUAGAUUGUUUUCUCUAGUGUUGGUGCCUUAGUGGCUGCUGGCAAGACUGUAGUGGCCGCAGCGACGGUUGUGUUUUGCAUUUUUGGAGGAUAGGAAUUAAAGUUUUAGUUUUUGUUUGUUUGCUUAUUGGGCUGAGCUUGUGUGAAGAUGAAUUUCCAAA